AAUGAGGGCAUCUGCGUGCUGGUUGAGGACCACUGUGCUGGGACUCCAAUGGAAUGAGCCCUUCUGCUGCACUGCCUUCAGAGCUGCACAAACCCCGUCCUUCCUCGCAGCCUCACCCUGCAGCUUCCAGAGCCAGUCAUGCGACCCAUCUUCUGCUUCAGAACAACAGCCGCAGCCUCGCCCCUACCAAGGGGUCCGCGUCAAAGAGCCAGUGAAGGAGCUAUUGAAAAGGAAGCGGGGAAGUGUUCAUAAUGCCACUGCAGCAGCAGCCACAACGGUCGUUUUGCCCCACCAGCCCCUCCCUUCCUACACACCAAUGGGCCAGCCGUGUAUCGAUGUGGAUGCUGCUGCCCCUCCACUGCCCGGCGCAGAGGAAGGAGCACUGUGUUCCAGCUGGCUCUCCCAGCCCUCUCCCUCAUCCCUGCAGCCUCUGACUCAGUGGACCACUUACCCCGACUACGUGUCCCACGAAGCAGCCAGCUGUCCUUACACUGCAGACAUGUACAUCCAGCCUAUGUGUCCCAGUUACACGUUGGUUGGGCCUUCGUCUGUACUGACUUAUGCUUCUCAGCCACUGAUCACCAAUUUCGCGCCCCGAAGCAGCACCCCGGCCGUGGUGCCCCAGCUGGAGGUGACGGAGCAGCAGCCACCCAUCACCUACUUCCCGUGGGCGCAGCCCCUCUCAGCACUGCCAGCCCCCACCCUGCAGUACCAGCCGGCCUCUUCCACGCUCCCCACGCCGCAAUUUGUGCCCCUGCCCAUCUCCAUCCCUGAGCCGGCCCCGCAGGAGCUGGAGGACGCCCGCAGGGUCAUCGGCACACUGCCCCUAGAGAAGCUGCUGCUAGAAGAUGAAGACAAUGAUACAAUUCUACAUAUUUAUGCAGCUAAAGGUAUGAGGGCGUUUACGUUGGCAGCUGCAGAGCGCAUGAAGGAGCUGCGGAGACUCGAUGCCAAGGAACACAGAGGAAAGACCCCGCUCCUGGUGGCCGUCACUGCCCGGCAGUCAGCGAUCGUCCACGAUUUGAUCCAGGCAGGAGCAGAUGUCAAUGCUGUAGACAACAAAGGGCAGUCAGCUCUGCACCUUGCUGCAACGUAUGGGUAUGCCCAGGUUCUGCAGGUGAUUCUUUCACAAGGCCUCCCUCUCGAUUUAGAAAUGAAGGAUUUUGAAGGCCAUACCCCUCUGCACUGUGCUGUCCUGGCCCACAACACACUGCUGCGGGACCGGGGCCGCCUGGCACUGCCAGAGCAGCAGAGUGAAGAGCUGCAGCACCAGAGCUGGGAGCUGGAGACCUGUGUGCAGCAGCUGGUGCAGGCGGGAGCUUCCAUCUACAGCCGGGAUGUGAAAAGCAACAAGACAGUUCUUCAUUACACCGUCCAGGAUGGGAACGUCUCCCUGCUCCGCUACUUCCUGGAGCUGAAUGCUUUCAAAUCCAAGGACUUCAUCAACAGCAAGGCUCAUGGAAACACAGCUCUGCACAUGGCAGCUGCGCUGCAUGGUGACAAGAACCAGAAGGAAAUCAUUCAAUUGCUCCUUGACCACGGGGCAGACCCGAGCAUCCGAAACUUAGACAACGACCAGCCGAUCCACAUGGCUCCUUCUGGGAAAGCUGGGGACCAGGUCAGGCAUUUGCUGAAGAGAGGGAAAGUCACAUCAACAUUCAUUUCUUGCUGCCGAAAUGCCAGAUCCUAGGUUGGAAUGGCUUCAGCUCCAGCCUGUGGCACGAAGCCCCAUAGAACAACCAUGAGGAUGGUUAACCAGCGUGUCUCUGCCCCCAGAAUCUAUACGCUGAGGUGGGAUGGCAGUGUUUCUCAACCUGUGGCCUUUGGACCACGAGUAGCAUGGGAGAUAUCAAGAGAUAAGCUCUGAGAUGGCAGAGAAGCUUAUUUUGUCAACAGGGAAUGCUAGUAAUCCCGUGACACAAAUUAGCAAACAUUUGACAUGCAGCCAAGUUUUGAUUUGGUGGCAAAGGGCAGGCAGGACACAAGAUGGUCCUUGGUAGCAAUGGUUGAGAAAUACUGCUCCAAGCCCUGCUCGCAUCCUGUGCGAGGGCACUGGGUGAAACGCUGAAGCCUCUGUGAUGUGUGCAAUGAGCUCCACUGUCCUUGGGAUGCACAAACCUGGGGGGGAGGGGGAGAAAGACUGGACUGAAGAGGUCGGCACCAAGACUGCAGUUUCCAGGGCCACGGCUGAACUGAAGACCUCCAAGGGAGGAGGAGCAGCUUGUUCCUGCAAGCUGCUGCUCUCCCUGCUCUUAGCACUUUGAGGAAGGGAGCUGAAUCAGCUCUCCAUUGCCCCAUCGCUCACCCCAACCCUUGAAAGGAGAGCAGAUGCUUGUGGGAGCAAGCGCGUGGCGCGGCUUCUCUCCUGUCCUCGUCCCACGUUAAGAAGUUCUUAUCCUUUCUGUGAAAUGAUUUGUGAAUUGCUGUGCAAUCAGCUGGCGGUGUGCAGGAGGAGUGAAGGCAGGUGCCUGCAGGGGGUGAGAGCUCUGCUGGGGCAGCCAACACAGAGGUUCUCAUCCCCAGCGCACGCUCUGCAUGUUGCUGUUCUCUCAGCCUUGCAGAGUUGUUUUCUUCCACUGGGGCUGAACUGAUUAAGUUGAAGGGCAAAUCUCUUAAAUCACCCCCGCGACUUCCUCCAUCGCCCAUUAACUCAAUGCAGCAGGGCUUUGUUAGGCACUUGCGAGCCCUGCAAACCCUUCAACGACUGUUUUGCAGAUCCAAACAAAAGCUCUUAAGAAAUGCAGGAAUCCCGAUUAGAGACCUCCUGACUUCCUCAUCCCUCCUCUUUGCUGGCUGGCUACCGCUUCUCACUACAUCAUGCCUACAAACCUGCCGGCGCCCUCUGACAAAAAAAAGCGGGCGCCUAUUUGCAUGUGUUUGCAUAAAUUUGCAUGUAUCUGGGCACGGGCCGGCUCAAGCAUGUGCU